UACGGAGGGCGGCGGGAGGCCAAGAGGCGGAGACAAGGCGGCACGCAAACAUGCACCCGGGUUACCCGUGUCCUGAGCCGCCAGCUCUUAAUGUUUGGGAGACCACUAUUUCCCAACCUUAGAUCCCCAAGCCCACAUCGGGUUCAGGGAGCCCAUAUGGGGGCGGCAACGACAUCCGCGCACAGGGUCGCUGAAGGAAACUUCCGCCCACAACCAAGAUGGCACCCCGGCCCCGCCCCCUAGCUUCUAUCCGCAGGCCCCAGCGCUUCGGCCUGCCGCCGCUUGCGCACACCUAGCAGCCGAGGCCCCGAGAGCCCCGCGGCUCGCCCUCCUGGGUGCCCUUGUCCCUUCUCCCGCACCCGACGGCCAUCCUGCCUGGAAGGAGCUCCCGAGAUGGCGCGGUGGGUUGUCCCCGAGUCGGGCAGCGCGAGGCCUCCACGACAGGGAGGAGGAAGGAGCCGGCCUCCCCAUCCCUGUCACUCAGUCCAGGGACAGCAAUAACUAUCGCAAUGAUCAUUGCACCCGACGGCCGAGCUUCAACGAACGGCUCUAUAAGUGCUUUCGCCCAUAGUAAUCACUGAACUGUUUACAGAGUUUUCACCAGCUCCCCAGGGAGGUGUCAUUAGCCCCAUUUUACAGGAGGGAACUCGGGACCAGAGGAGCUGGAGGACUUAUCAGCCGAAGCAGGCCUCCAGGAUCCAAAUGGGAACCCCAAAACAGCCCUCGCUGGCUCCUGCACACGCCCUAGGCGUGAGGAAGUCCGAUCCCGGAAUCCGAAGCCUGGGGAACGACGCGGGAGGAAGGCGGCGAAGACCAGCAGCCCAGAGUAUGUUCCAGAUCCCAGAGUUUGAGCCGAGUGAGCAGGAAGACUCCAAUACUGCAGAUAGGGGCCUGGGCCCUAGCCUCACUGGGGACCCACCAGGUCCCUGCCUGGCUCCAGGUCUCCUGGGGAACAUCAGACACCAACAGGAACAGGCAGCCAACAGCAGUCAUCAUGGAGGCACUGGGGCUAUGGAGACCCGGAGUCGCCACAGUUCAUACACCGCGGGGAACGAGGAGGAUGAAGGGAUGGAAGAGGAGCUCAGCCCCUUUCGGGGCCGCUCGCGUUCGGCUCCCCCCAAUCUCUGGGCUGCGCAGCGCUACGGCCGCGAGCUCCGAAGGAUGAGCGAUGAGUUUGAGGGUUCCUUCAAGGGACUUCCUCGCCCAAAGAGCGCAGGGACUGCAACACAGAUGCGACAAAGCGCCAGCUGGACGCGCAUUAUCCAGUCCUGGUGGGAUCGAAACUUGGGCAAAGGAGGCUCCACUCCCUCCCAAUGAUCUUCUGCUCCACAUUCCCGGAACUCUACCCGCUCCCGUCGCCCGCCAUAUUGGGUGUGGGCGGAAGUUUUCCGAGGCCUUGGGGAUAAAAAAAAGGAUUGCUGUGUCCCUUUAACUGGGAGAACUGGCCAACGGCUAGACUCCCUUCCGGUGCGUGCAAUAGCCACGAAGGGGUGGUUCUCGUUGGAAGUUUCAAAGUUUCCGCCUCCCACCCUAACUUCCGGAAGUGGCAACUUUUUCCCCCUCUCCCCUACCGGGCUGCCCUGAGGCGCCUGCGCCACCCCAGCUUCCGGAAGUGGCAACUUUUCCCCUUUCCCGUACCGGGCUGCUGUCCGGCGCCUGCGCCAAAUUGCGAGCCGGGUUAAACCGUGACUUGGCUGCAGCCCAACAUGCGAACUGGGAGCCCGUGGUCGCAGCAAACGUGUUUUAUAAUAAAGCCUGCACCUGUGCUGCUGCA